CCAAUCGUUGGGUGGCCUUUUGCCGUGAACAUCCUUCGUACGCCUGGGGACGCUCUAAGCCGUCGGAAUCCAAAAACAUGGAUCCAUAUUAUUUCGCCGACGAUGAUGGAACGCACCACGGGGCCACACCAUACACGGCCACACCUUAUGGGACUGCAUCAAAAUGGGGUACAUCCUCUCAAUCACGCUCGAACCAAGAUACCGAACAAGAUGACAUCGGAAGCGAUAAGCCUUGGAAAGUGCUUCUCCUCACUUGCGUUCUGCUGCUCUUUUGCUCUGGGCUGAUCGUAAUGUUCAUGGGCACUCUGACAACGGCCACCACCGAUGAAGACGCUACUGGCACCGGCGACGGCGAUGACAGCACUGCUGUCGCUCACGUUAUAUACAGAACACCGAGCCGCCCUGAAGCCCGAGGUACGCGAAGUAGAUCUGGUGCAAGCUCAAGAACCAUCUGGACAGCGACACCAGUGUCAACUCCGGCGGCUAUUCUGCCUCCAGGCGCCCAUCUCACGCCCAUUGUGUACAGGCCACCACAGGCGUACUCUAUGAUAUGCACCGUCGGCUGUCAUGGAAAGUACGCAGUGGAAUUCCCACCCGACGGCCUGUGCGACUUCAUCUUCCUCGACUCCCUCUACGACGGAUGCCCAGACCAGUUCGUGCAACGUAGAUCGCCCAGUAGCAGCUGGCGGAGGUUCCAAGCAUUAGCUUCGUCAGGCAUCAAGACACAGUUUGGAAUUUCCAUCGAUACGCUGGGAAUUCAAAAGUUCCUCGGACACCUCAGGAACAGCCAGACAGCGGAAGUGUGGGCUUCGCAGAGCCUUUGGAAGAAGAACAUCUACCAUUGGGGCGUCAUGAACAUCCACCAAGUUUAUCUGCAGUCACGUCCGGCGUUACUAAAGGAGGCAUUGGAAGCUCUCAAGGAAGCAGCGGAAUUCUCGCUGCCGUCAACGACAAAGAGAGUGGCCUCCUACACCUUUCUUGGUUUCUACACCCCUUUGCCCAGCGGCUGCGACUUGAUGGGUCAGGAAGCAGCGACUGUUUUUAUGCCAGACGCAAUUGUUGUGCUUGGACACACCUCGUUUCAAGAAAACAAAAUUCCAUCUUUGCGCUGCGUCCUGCUUCCACCUAACAUUUACAAGAUUCCUCCAGGUGUGCGUCCAAAAAUUACCCAUGCGCACACUUUCCACGAAGCAUGUCUGCUCGCGCAGUGUCUUCGGACACAGCAGAAGAUUCACGUUCCCAUUGGCGUGUCGUUCACCAUGAAGGGCCGCUGGUACCGUCCAAAAAUUGACGACUACGAAAACGCUGACAUAGGCGAGUACGACCUAUUCAAAGAUUGCGUCGUCAGUGACGUCGAUCAAGAUGCAAUACCAGCCACGAUCUGCAAUCAGACGAAUACAAACUACACGAAAAACUUGGGUUUAGACGGCGACGAUAUCACGAUGAGGACAUACGACAAAGGUCCCAUAGAGAAACAUACCCAAAUGUUUGACAAUCGAGCGACGUACCUCAAGAAGUUCUGCUACGCAAAUGACAACCUGACGCAAGCCCACUUUUCCAUUGCGGCAUAUGACGUGAACUUUGACAGCAGCGUGUCCAUCUGCCAGCCAGACCAGAUUGUCGGAAACUUCAACCGAACCGAGCUGCUAUACAAGCUCAAUACCUUCCUGAAGACCGGGAAGGACCUAUCAAAUCUCACGGCUUGCUUGAAAAUCACUAAAUAGUGCACUUAUUAUACAUUUAACCCAAUUUUCUUCUCUAUGAAUGCACUUCUGAAGGCCGCAUUCGGAGCAACUCGGAUAAACACAUGCCUUUAGUUUUAGGUCA